AACGAAGAAAGGGAAAGCGAGGGUGCUGGCAAUGCGGGUUUUAGAAACCACUAUGUGACCUUGGGAGUGCCGAGGCGCGCCAGCAAGCAGGAGAUUAAGGCUGCCUUUAGACGGUUGGCUCGCAAGUGCCAUCCGGACGUGUCGCAUCACCACCAGUCCACCCAGGCUUUCCGUGCGAUUCUGGCUGCUUAUGAGGUUCUAUCCAACGACCAGCAACGGCAGCAGUACGACUUCACACUCGCACCAGAAGAGACAGCCACCGGGCCUUACCGGACCCAACCUACACAUUUCUACUGGGGCCCGCAUGGUCAUCCUUCCGCCGCUGCUGCUGCCACCACCUCAGCAUCUGCAGGUGCAGCGGCAGCAGCAGCAGCAUCAGAGUCAGCUCCCUACUCCUCCGCUGCAUUCCCUCGUGAUACAGGUGACUGGUGGGUUCCCCCUCCACAUCCUACCGACCUGGCACCCGCUCAUCUGCCUACUCAGCAUCAGCAUCAGCAUCAUCAGCCAACUCGUCAGCAGAGGAAGCAGGAGCAGCAGAAGAUUCCCACCAGGAUUCAGCCUCCUUUUUCCGCUGGCCGCUCAACUACUCGCAGGUGAAGUCGGGGGUCAGACGGCAGCGCAGAGCAGCGCACAGCCAAGCCCAAGCGCAGUCCGACGCCCGGUUCUACCGUGCAAGCGCUGCAUAUGGCUCGCACACCACUCAUGAUGAACAGCAGCAGCAGCAGCAGCAGCAGCAAGAUGGAGGUAGGUGGGAGCAAUGGGAAACACAGCAACGGCACACGAGAAGAUCACACAGCCACAGCCACAGCCACUCAUAUAGGGAGGCUUAUGACAAGCAACGCCAGGGUGGUAACCGCACACAUCCACGCCACCGAUCGGAUGACCGUGCGGACGAAUGGGAUCGAUCCAGGUGGCAGGAGGAGGAGGAGGAGGGGGCAGAAGGCAGGCAUCCCUCCUUGGAGCCCUUCACCCUCCCUCUAUCCUUCUCACGCGUUUUCCUCGGCCCAUGGGUGGCCGACGCGCGCCGCUUCGCCCUCUACCGCCUCCGCUCGCUCUUCCCAGGCGGUCUCCGGUCUGUCUCGUCCGCCCUAUCCCUGUCAUUCGCCCUCUUCCUUCUCUUCUCAUGUGCUGUGGCGUUCGGCAGCGAGCGCUUGCUAGGCGUGCUCGCCUUUGCUCUCAUGUGGGGGAACCAGCGCGGGUACCAGAUAGCCGGGAUUGUGGCGUGGCGCCUGGGGGGGGUGAGGGGUCUGGUUCUGGUUGUGGGGUUGAGUGCGGUUCAGUGGGUUGCUGGGCCCAUGUUUUGCCACAGGACGGCGGCAUUGGUGGCGGUCGUGGUGUGGCUGGGAGGACAGGUGGCGGCUCGGCUCUCGAUUUCACCGCUGGUGCUGGCUUUGCUUGCGUCUAGGUUGGUGCAUGUUUGGGACAAGGAUUAAUAAUGCCAAUAGCUGCGGUGUAUAUAAUGUGUAAGCAAGCACCCGAGAAUACUC